AUACAGAGCAGUAAAGAGAAACAGAAUUAUAUUUUGUAAAAAAAAAAAUUAAAAUGGGUCACACAAGACCCCCAGUAGGUCCGUGCUAAAUUUAGAGGAUGUUGCUUCCUCGGAAGCAGUCAGGCUGAGCCGCUUUAAGUCACCUGAACCGGGGGAUACACUAUCACGAGUGCUGGCACAUAACCCUGCUUUUCCAUGGGUGACAUUUAACGCCACACGUUGACUUCGAGGCUCCGUGCGUAACGCAAGCCAAACGCUGGAUCCACGCCGGCUGCUGCUGCUGUGCGAACCACUACUAUGCGUUAGUGUUCAGCUCCAGACGCCGUAUGCGCUCCUCAUCACCGCCGCCAAAUUAAAAAAUGUCUUUCUUAACCAUACCAAGCCAAGAGGGCCUCUUCACCGCCGUCAGAGCUGGCAAGUCAGCCGAGGAAGCGGAGGGUCUCUCACGCACGGACGCCGAUGACAAUCACGAUGAUGAUGAGGAUGAUGACAGCGAGGACGUCCGCUUCAUCCCCAGGUGCUCCCCGGUGCCCAGGAAGCGCGGCGCGUCCAUAUUCGAUGAGACGGCCGAGUAUAUGCGGAUCCACCAGGCGCUAGCCGCCGGGAAGAGGGUGUCAUUCGCCGACACAACAGGUGGAGAUCUGGUGGACGUGCGGGAAUUCGUUUUGUUCGACUCGGACGACGAGGAGACCAGCGAAAAGUGGGAGAAAGAGGAGGCGAAGUACCGCGGCCGGCAGCGGGAGCCCACCUACACCGUGCGCCCCGAGUACCAGGCUCCCGACGGCCGCGUCCUCCUGGAGGCUGUGCGCGCCAAUAAAGUGGAGGUGGAGAACAUUUCUCCUGCGGAGGACGAACCACUGGCCUUCGGUGGUUUAAUACGGGUCCUCAACAUAUCCUUCCACAAAGCAGUCUACAUCAGAUCCACCAUGGACCACUGGGCCACUUACUUUGACCACCCGGCAGAGUAUGUCCAUGGCUCCAAUGAUGGGGACACCGACCAGUUCUGCUUCAAGCUGUCCUUUGCGCCCCCUUACAUCGCGCACGGCUCUCGCAUUGAGUUUGUGGUUCGCUACGAAACUUCCGACGGCGAUUAUUGGGCGAAUAAUAGAUGUAUGAAUUACGCGGUGACGCUGCUGCUGUCCUACGAAGACGGUGCGGCUCAGGCGAGCGCUGACGUGCCGCACACGAGAAGUAUCCUCAGACCCCCCAAAGUAUUCAGAGAUUUCACUUCAGAGGAUGAGCAGGAAAAGGAAGAAGACCUGCAAGAGCCUCACAGUCCAUAUCUCUGUUUUACAUCAGAAGAUGAACCAGGGACCUCCAAGCCAGAACUUGUGAGGCCAAGACCUGUCUUUCCAGAUAUCAUACAGCCAAAGAUUGAUGUAGAGACUGCAGGUCACCCAUCUGGUUCCUCUGUCCCAACCAACCGCCAGCCUCAGUCCGGUGAUGGCGCACAGUCCACUCACACUGUUUCCCCAGGUGAUAGGUUUCCUCGUGUGUCUUCUGAAACCACUCUUCAAAGUAAUUCGGCCUUUGUACUCUAUGCCAGCGAAUCAGCCCAGCCAAACGAGUCCCAGCACCGCACGUUAGAACCGUCCAGACACAGAAGUUCCUCUGCAUCGACUCCUUCUCUUCAAGAGUCCGUACCAAGAUCAGACAAGUCCCAAGCUGAAAUACAGGAAACCCCAGCCUCAGAGGCCUCUCCCAUGCGUCCUACCACAGAGACAAAUGUGCCGUUAACACCGGAGCAGAAUGGAUUGACUGAACCUGAACUGCCUGCUGAGUGUGUCUCCUGUCCCAGUGAGACUCGGGGCAGUGAGCCAGAGCUUGCCGGGGAACUCAGUCAACUCGCUGAGGGAUUAUCAGAAGGUUCCACAGCAGCAGGUUGUGCAGGCAGCACACCGGCACCUUUGUUACCUGUAGCAGAGACUAGAGGUGGAGAAGAGGCCCCGUCACCACAGGAGCUCACAGAAAGCACCUCAGUGAACACAGGUGUCACCGAGGUGAGCCGAGAAACUGUUCCUCAGCCUGUCUCACUCUGGGAAGAGGAGGAAAAGGCUCCCUGUAUUUCUCCCGAAACGCUGGUAGAGAGUGAAGCAAACACAUCGUCAGAGGUUUGUGAGCUCCGCCCGGAGGUCAGCAUGACUCUGAUGCCAUGUGUUUUCUUUCUGAGUGGGGUUGUCUCCCUUUCCAUAGUGAUGCAGGAACCGAGCGCCCUCUUUGUCAUUGGACUGCUUUUGGUUUUAAACCGUUUGUGA